AUGCUUCUUUAGUUAACUAUUAGAAUACAACGACAUUGAAAACAACCAUUCUGUUUCAAAGAUUGACAUGGAUACUGUUUUAGAUCAAAAGCUUGUUUCAAGCUGGUUUGAUGUUCAUCAAUCCGUGCCCCAAACAUAUGUUUUUCCACCCGAAAAACGACCCGGAAAGCUCAAGGUUUCCCUAUGCAAGAGCAUUCCAGUAGUUGAUCUCGGCAGCCAUGAUCGCCGUGACACCAUUCAGCAGAUUUUCAAAGCUAGCCAAGACUUUGGUUUUUUCCAGGUUAUCAACCAUGGAGUUUCGAAUAAGUUAAUCGAUGAUACGAUGAGUGUUUUCAAGGAGUUCCAUGCAAUGCCCUCCAAAGACAAGGCAAAUGAAUGCUCCAAGGACCCGAGUCGGGACUGCAAGCUCUACACAAGUAGUGAAAACUAUGCGAAUGAAGAAGUUCACUUCUGGAGAGAUGCAUUGACUCACCCUGGUCAUACUUCAGAAAAAUACCUGCAGUAUUGGCCGCAAAAACCAACUCAGUACCGAGAGAUUGUUAAGCGGUAUCUGGAGGAGGUGAGGAACAUGGGUGCUGUGAUUCUGGAGCUGCUUGCUGAAGGGUUGGGACUUGGCGCUGACUUCUUCAAUGGGGGACUUAGUGAUAGUCCAAUGCUGCUGUCAAAUCACUAUCCGCCAUGUCCGGAUCCUAGCUUGACAUUGGGGUUAACCAAACACCGGGAUCCUACCCUUAUAACCAUUUUACUGCAAGAUACAGAAGGGCUUCAAGUUUUCAACGAUGGGAAUUGGAUUGGGGUUGAGCCUGUUUCUACAGCUUUUGUGGUCAACAUAGGCUAUGUACUCCAGAUAAUCAGCAACUCGAAGUUUAAGGGUGCAGAACACAGAGUGGUGACUAAUUCAAGAGUCGCGAGGACAACCAUUGCUUACUUGAUUUAUCCUUCUAACGACAACCUUAUAGAACCUGCAAAAGCUCUAUGCAACCGAAAUCCGCCACUCUACCGAUCGAUGACAUUUAAGGAGUUCCUUAAAAACUUUAAGUCCAAAGUUGGCCAUACUGAAUCAGUGUUGCAGACUAUCAGCGUCUCAAGUAGCUAAUGUUGUAAUAGGGACUCUUUAUGAUAUCAAAUUUGCUUAUACUCUCUUCUACAAA